AUGCAAGGAAUUCUUGGAGAUGUUAAUAGUUUACCAUUAAGUGAAGAUAUUAAAAUGUUACGAGAAAAUAAUGAAAGAUUUAAUGAAGAAUUAGAACAUUUAAAUAGAACAUUUAAAGAUCUUUUCCAUAGAACAACAGAGUUAUGUGAAACGAUAGACAAACAAUGGGGAGUUCAAUGGGAAUAUAAAUCAACAGAUAGUGAUGAAGAGAAAUUAGUUAAGGUAAAUAAAAAGAAAGAUGAACAACGACUUAGUGUCAUGGAAAAAUGGCACUCAAAAACAACAAUGAUGAAUAUAUCAAAAUUCUCUACUACUCAAAAUGGUAUUGUUCAACAAGUCAAUGCCAUUCUUAAAGACCAAGAAAGGUUGUUUAGAAGAAGUCAACAAUUAAGAGGAACUAAAAUUUAUUUAAAUGAAGACCUUACUUCUUCUUCAGAAGUAUUUGAUGAUGGAGAUUUUUAUCAACAACUCAUUAAAGAUGCAGUUGAUUAUGGUAUAACUGGAAAAGGUCAACCUAUGAUGAAUAACACAAAAAAACAAAUACAAAAGAAAAAGAAAAGAGUUAACACAGAUAUCGUAUUCCCUAAAUUAGAAAACUUUAAAUGUCCUGUAGAAUAUAAUGAAAAAUUAAUGGAAGUUGAUCGAAAUAUUUUUAUUAAGAAUUUAUUCAAAUAA